AUUCAUGGUACAGAUGAUUCCAGUAGGUGGUCGCCAUGCGAAGAAAGCGCGACCUUUUGUCGUGAGAAAAGUUGCAGCAGCAGUAGCAGUUGAUCGAUUCUCUCUCUUUUCGAGGGGGGGCCGGCAAUUGCAACUGUUGCUGCCGUGUGUUAUCAUCGAUUCAUGAUCGAGCCCGAACAGACGGCGAAUUCUCGCGACGAGGUUGUGGGAUUAUGCCCGUAGCACCACUCUCGAGGCGUUGAAACCUAAAUCGUAGGUGGGCGGGGUUUCUUCGUCGUGGCGAUCUCAUAAUCUUCGGGUUUGAUGACCACCACCGCGGGCUAUUUCUGUUCUCCGAGGACCUCCCCUUUACUGCGAUUUGUCACGCACUCCUUUCGGAGUACUUCCGCUCAUCAAAGUUUCGGACCGAUUUCUACGUGUCCUCUCGACUGCUCGGUGCAGACGCUCGCUGGAGUUUCUCUGUCAUCGGAUGGUCGCUCGGCCUCCGUGAUUACUGCCCCGCUCGUGCCCAAGAAUUACAGCUCGAAUCACAGGGCGUUCUCCAACACAUCGGAUCUGUCCACCUUAGAAGCUGAGACGAGUAGGCCAGAGAUGUUAAGCUUUUUCACCAGGGGAAAAGAGGCUCCGGAGGCGAGCUCCAAAGAGCUCGACAAGAGCGAUGAGGAGGCCGAGGCGGAGAGAUUGAAGAAAGAGGAGCAGAAGAGACGAGAUGACGAGGCAGAGAAUUUGAGGAAAGAGAAAGAGGUACUGGAUAAGAUUGGACCUCCGCCAGAAAAACCUUUGCCGGGGGAUUGUUGUGGAAAUGGUUGCUCGCCUUGCAUAUGGGAUACUUACUGGGACGAACUAGCUGAUUAUAAGAAGCUGAGGGAGGAAGUCAGUGGAGGACUUUGAAUAGCGGACUGUAUACUACCUUGUAUAAAGAUUGAGAGAGAGAGAGCCAUCGAAAAUGAAGGAAUUUAAUAUAGUCUUUGUAACUGAUGGCCUUCGUGGGCCGGGGAAGGUUAUCGUAUUUGAUUAUCACUUUCACCAGGUGACGAUUUUUUCUCCAAAGGCCUCUUUGGAGUCUGGAUUCAUUUCGAGAUAGAAUUUCAAAGCCCAUGCGGGCUGCGAGGAUGAUUUGUGCUUUGCAUUAUAAUGACUCGGAUGGCAGAGGAUCUCCUGUACGGAUUCGAUCCAAAGGAUUCUAUCCGGUGUAGUCUAAACUCCAGUUUAGAAGAUGAAAGUCGGUCCUGAUUCUUGCCAUCAUGAGGAAGAUUGGUCUGUAGAGAUUCAGUAACGAUUCCGGUGUGAAAUUCAGAUGAUUAUGGUGGAAACCCUUUGUGAU